AUGGAAUGUGACGGUUAUAAUGAAUUUAGAGAAAUCCCUUUUGAACAAUUAUGGUUUUGGCCAUCAGUCCGCAUCUUUAUUGGUAUAUGGUCAGUGGCAGACAAGUAUGAGAUUCGACAUCUCAUAAGAACAUUAAAUUUAAAACAGCGACGAAAUUUGGCUGGUGAUAUUGUAGAUUUCAAGUUUAUUCUUGGAAUACCAUCUGAUAAUAAUCCUGAGUUGAAAUUAAAAUUGAAGGCCGAAAAUGACACCUAUGGUGACCUCGUCAUGCUAGAUAUGGUGGAGAAUAUGAAUAAUGGAAAGGGAUAUUAUUAUUGGAAGUGGAUAGCGGAGCAACUUGACACUACACGAUACGAUUAUGUUUCAAAGGUAGAUGAUGACUUAUUCAUCCACUUUCAAAAUUUGGCACUUAACCUUCGACCAUUGACACGAGGCCAUUUGUAUUAUGGAAACAAGUCGCCUCAUAGUUUUUUUAUACGUGGCACGAUUGAAGUACUAUCAGUUGAUCUUGCUCACUUGAUUGCCUCAUUUCCAUUUAAGAAAAGAGAAUGGAAUGGACCUGAAGAUGUACAAUUGGGAGCCUUUCUGAAUAAACAUGCAAAAUCUCUGAAUACAAUAGGAGAAAAUUGCUUAAUUUUUACUGACCCAAGAAUUAGAAAAGUUAGACGGAAAAUGUGGAGACCAUGGGCAUCUCCAAAUUCGAUUGCCAUACAUUGGCUAAAAGAUAUUCGCGCAUGGAAAGGUGUUAUUGAUUUAUACUUUUCGGAUGAUAACUAA